AUGCCGGCCGCAAGGUGCUCGGGUAUGUUGGGACUCAGAGGCCCAGGGCGCAUGCUGAGUCGGCAGCCCCAAGGCCACAGCUUCGGCCCCAAAGCGAGGCGUGCCCUGCGGGAUGGCUCACAGGCGGGUGGAGGGGCGGGACCAGCCAGCUUGAAGGCCUCCAUCCUCCCACCGAUUGGCGGCAGUGAGAGACAGGCCCGCGAGGGGGCUCCAGCCAGGGCCGGGCCGUGUGCGCUCCAGGCGUCUCUCAGGCCUAGCGUGGGCCUGCAGCCGCUGGGUUCUGCCAGUCCGCUCUGGGACCUGCCUGCCUGCCCUUCCGUCGCAGCUGACGCUAAUCAGCACCAGGGCCACAUGGCGGGUGAGACGGGGCCCGGGGCCAGCGAGCCUCCCCGGGAAGCCUGGCACGGCCCAGGUCUGGGCAGGGCCCUUCAGGAGGCUGAGGCCCAGGGCCCUCCCGGGGAGCCGGCCCCGGGGGCCUGUGGGGCCCGUGCGGUGGGCUGGGCGGUGCAGCUGUCGGUCUGUGGGACGACCGAGGGGGGCGUUGUGCUCAGCGUGGGGGGUCUGCCGGAAUGUGUGACCCUGGCGGAGCCCACAGGGGAGGAGGAGGUUCUGGUGGUGGAGGACAUAUUGGAGGCCGUGGAGGUGGUGGCAGAAGAGGAAGAAGACGACAAUGACGAUGACAAGGAGGAUAAUGAAGAUGAGGACAGUAGUCAGGCGCAGGCCGGGCGCUGCGUCUCGGCUUCAAGUUCCCCGCUGGAGGCGCUGGAGUUGCUGGAGUUGGAGCUGAGCACCGCGAAUGCUGCAGACAGCAAGGUCUUCGCUCGGCUGAAGCUCAAGCUCCGUCAGCGGCAGAAGGCUUACCUUGAGCGCAGGAGGGCCAUCAUCCAGGCCAUCCCUGGCUUCUGGGCCAGAGCUAUUGUGUACCAUCCCCAGCUGUCAGCUGUGAUCACGGAGCAAGACAAAGACGUGCUGAGCUACAUGAUCAAUCUGGAGGUGGAGGAAAUCAAGCAUCCCAAAAGCUGCUACAGGAUCUUGCUGUUCUUCGGGAACAAAACCUACUUCCGGAAAAAAGUGGUUACCAAGGAAUAUCUCGUUAACAUUACUGAAUUCAGAGCACCUCAUUCCGCUCCAGUUGAGUGGUAUCAGGAUUAUGAGCAUGAGGCCCACAGCCACGCACACCAGAACAGCAGUCUUAACUUCUUCAACUGGUUUUCUGACCACAACUUUACCGACUCUUACACGAUUGCUGAGCUCAUCACUGAAGACCUGUGUCUCACUCCCUUGUGCUACUAUACAAGAAUGAAGGCGCCUGCGGAAGAAACAGAGGACAGCUACUCGAGCUGCAAGAGAUGA